GGAGAGGCAGGCAACCGUUCGCCUGAAAUUGAGUAGAAUUCACUGAAACUGCGGGCUUUCAUGACGUUUCGCUGAGUGGUCCUUCACUUUGCUCCCUGCCAGGGCUUCAUUGUUGUUCCUCGGCUCUGAUCUUUGAUUGUUCCAGGCCCCCGUUUCUUCUGCAUCCCACUGAACUCUGCCUAGCAAAGCAGGCACCAGUCGCAACUUGAAUAGUUUACCUAGGUGACUUGUGGGGAAAACGAACCUGGAUCCAGAGCUCAUGUGCUGGAGGGAGACUCAAUGGAGCAGGACGUGGAGAGCCCUGUUACAAUUCAUCCACCUAAAUUGCCCAAACAAGCCAGAGAAGAUCUGCCAAAGCACUUAAGCAAAGAAUGUACCAAGAGAAAAAUCCAGAGGUAUGUGAGGAAAGAUGGAAAAUGCAAUGUCCACCAUGGAAAUGUAAGAGAGACUUAUCGUUAUCUGACUGAUAUCUUCACUACUUUGGUGGACCUCAAGUGGAGAUUCAACCUUUUGAUUUUCGUCAUGGUUUACACUGUGACCUGGUUGUUCUUUGGAUUCAUCUGGUGGCUAAUUGCUUACAUCCGAGGAGACAUGGAACAUAUAGGGGAUAUGAAAUGGACCCCAUGUGUCAGUAACCUUAAUGGGUUUGUUUCAGCCUUUUUAUUCUCUAUAGAGACUGAAACCACAAUUGGAUAUGGUUACCGGGUCAUCACAGACAAGUGUCCUGAAGGAAUUAUUCUGCUUCUAGUUCAGUCUGUCUUAGGAUCUAUUGUUAAUGCCUUCAUGGUUGGCUGCAUGUUUGUGAAAAUAUCCCAGCCCAAGAAGAGGGCAGAAACUCUGGUGUUUUCUACCAAUGCUGUCAUUUCAAUGCGUGAUGGAAAGUUGUGUCUGAUGUUCCGAGUUGGGGACCUCAGGAAUUCACACAUUGUGGAGGCAUCAAUACGAGCCAAGUUGAUCAAGUCUAAACAGACAAAGGAGGGGGAAUUUAUACCACUCAACCAGACAGAUAUCAAUGUAGGUUAUUACACAGGGGAUGAUCGGCUAUUUUUGGUUUCGCCACUGAUUAUCAGCCAUGAAAUAAACCAACAGAGUCCUUUCUGGGAGAUUUCUAAAGCCCAACUGCCCAAAGAGGAAUUAGAGAUAGUUGUAAUCCUAGAAGGAAUGGUGGAGGCAACAGGAAUGACAUGCCAAGCUCGAAGUUCUUACGUUACAAGUGAGAUCCUGUGGGGUUAUCGGUUUACCCCUGUUCUUACAUUAGAGGAUGGAUUUUAUGAAGUUGAUUACAAUAACUUUCAUGAAACAUAUGAAACCAACACACCAUCUUAUAGUGCCAAAGAACUGGCAGAGAUGGCUAGUCGAGCAGAAUUACCCCUCACUUGGUCUGUGUCCAGCCAAUUAGACCAGCAUGCUGAAACAGAUACUGAAGAGGAGGCCAAGAAUCCUGAAGAACAAACUGAAAGGAAUGGUGAUGUGACCAACUUAGAGAAUGAAUCCAAAGUUUAAAACCUAUUAUCAGAGUUCCAUAAAUCUAUUUUUAAAAGGAAAGAGAAGGAGAAACAUUUAAGGUGUGAAAUGAUUACCUGCCCAUAAAAUAAGCAAAGAUUUGGAUUAAAGCUGCAAUAUCCCUUAUUUUUCAAUAUAAUCUCCUAUUACUGUCCUAUUUUUUAACUGGAGACAUUCUCAUAUGCAGGUUGCAGGUUUGUUUUGCUUUUUGUUUUUUAAGGUAAAGGGCAAACACUUAUUAACCUGGGGCAAAAACAAAUGGAACAACUUUAAGUAUUGUUCACUCACAUCCUGAGCUUUAACUUCAGCUUUUUAUAUAUUUGGGAACAGUUUCAUAAACUGAAUGAGAUGCCUGCAGAAAAUGAGCAUUGCAGCUUUUAGACCCAAGGCAAGAGAAAGAAAUGCUCUUCAGUGUGACAUUGUACAUAUGCCUUAUGUAAUUUCUCUUUCAGUUUAGUAAUAAACCCAGCAUGUACAAAGGUACUGUAGUAAAGAACUUCUAAAUAAUGUACAUAUAGGUUUAAACAUAUAAUUCUAGGAAAUAAUGGGAUGCAAAAAAUAAAACCCACCUUUGAGAAGGCAUUUCUAUUCUCAUACCAGAAAUUUGUUGGCACCCUGCCCAAUUAAUGCAUGCCAUGUUUCUCAUUGUACCAGACUGGCAGCUAUUUAGAGUACCUCACUGUUUCUUAAGCAAUGAUUUACCUGACUCUAAAAAGCCAUAGGUCUGGGUCUGGGUCCUGGGAGGAAAGGGCAGAACAACUGCAACAUAAUUCUUGAUAAACUGUGAAACUGUUUACAAAAAGAUACUGUCUUUUGUAUUACUGUAUGGUAAAACCAGGUAUGGUUAUUCGAACAGUACAGUUAGAACUUGUGAAAGAUUCUUGUCAAAGCCAA